AUGACUGCAGGGCUUUCUAGGCAAUCAAAGGUCAAGACGAAAAACAUCGAUGGCCGAACGAAGAACUUUCUACUCGCUGCUUCGCAGAGAAAGUUGGCAACACAGCUCCUUCAGGAACCUAACGGCGAAUUUGAGGGUGUUGCUCCAAAUGUCUGCAUGGAUGGCACAACCCAAGAAGAUCGCCCCAGCAGGACUCCGAGCCUUGCAGGAUCGGCACCUGCAUCGGUCCAUGAAGACGAAUCAAACACAGAGCAGCAGAACGUGUCAACCUGUCCUGGUCCUCCAGCUCAUUCGCCAUCUGUGACCCGUGUUCACGGGGCACUUGGAGCCCCCGGGGAAGGUUUGGGGGGUCAGUCUCAAGACAAUGAGGCCGUGGAAGAGCAGCAACUGCCCUUGUUAGUAAACAUGACAGGCCUGCCUUUACUGGUCCAUGUCCUGAACCCAGAACGGCGCGCCUCAGGUGCACAGGGAGAGGAAAGCAGCUCCCUGACUGUGGACAACUACUUAGUGACUGAUGAUUUCGGCAUCGUGCGCCGAAAAGCCCUGGCAACGAUUCCCUUGGCGCCAAGCAAUCCCUUAUCGACCACUUCAGAUGGCGCUGGAGAAUAUGAGCACAACUACAGCAAUACUUUCGUCGGCAGUUUAUGCAACGCAGUCACGGAUGCCAACCACGUCACCUCAGCACCAGCAGAACAGUCAGGAAUAGAGAGUGUUACUGGAUUCUGGAGAUCCCUAUGUCAUGGAGAAAGCUUUAACGUGCCUUUGGACGACCAUACGAGAAAGGUGCUCGUACGCCUUCAAAUCGCGGGAUCGGAAUUUGAGAUAGAUGACUUGUGCCUCGAUGGGAGCCAAGUCUCCCUGCGAGAGCUGCCAAUUAAGCUACCUGCACUUGUCAAUAACCCUCUGCAGCGGGAUGCAAGGAAAAAGCAGCGGCACGAGUUGCUCCAUGCAUCAGCACGAAUCCUUGUCAGAACCGUAUUUGUACCCAGCAGCCGAACCUUUAAUACUUAUUUGUCUUCGGUUGUCUCCAUACGAAACAAUUUAUCUACCCCAGUCAUGGUUCUUCCCCAUCCCGCCGUAGCAAUACUUGACACACCUGCCGAAUGCUUCUCCACUACAACGUCCAGCUGUUGUUCCGACGAACCGCAAAAUGUCGACGCACCGAAAGGCUCCUUAGCAUCCCCAGGAAGAGCAGUUGUGGCUCACAGACUGGGGUACCUGGGCCUAGACACAACCCAUGAUGGUUCCGUUUCGGAACCUCAAGACUCCGCAGCAAAGCCGGAGCCAAUGUUGUCCGUUUCAGAGCCGGAUGAGAAUGACCCUAACUAUAAAAGAGGCGACGGCAGCGACAGCGACGUAGACACUCCCGCAAAGCGACCGCUGUUUCAUCCUAAGAUUAGCUGCCGUCGGCUCUCAGCGGAUACCAAACGCUGCCUCAUGUCGCUCCUUUCAAACCGGCAAUCAAAUCAACCUGAUUACGAGGGCCAGGGAAUGGAAGCCAAGGGCUACCACGACGUGUAUUCGCUUGCUCUCUCUCUCGGGGCAAAACCCCUCCUGGACCACACCACCCUUCAACAAAUUGCUCUGGAAAACAGUCACAGUAUUGCUUCCUUCGACUGCCGGCCCCAGGUUUUGGAGUUCUUCCACAGAUCAACACAAACAAAUAGGGCUAGCCCAGAUGUGGCUUGCGACCUAGUCAGCACCACCUUGAGCAAGCACGCACACAUCAACAAUGAUGAAACGAGCUCUGUAGCGUCUACUGCAAUUGCUGUUACAGUUUAUGGCCAGUCCCGAGACUUGGUAUCUGAAUCAGACCCGCUGUUCUUUGAAGUAGGGCUCGACGCGCCAAUAAGUCUUGGAAAUCGGCUCUUUGAACCACUUCGGGUGUCAAUUAUCCCCACAAACUCGACGACAGUACAACGACACCCUGGUGGAGGUGCAGCUCCGGAUCACCAGGAACGUUUUCUACCUUAUGCACACAUACCUGCGGGGGGUGAUAUCAAUAUCCAAAGGGCUGCUAGCGGAUUUACCUUCGAGUUGGAGACCACCUCGUGCGGGUCGGAGUAUCGGCAUAUUUACGAAUCCAAACCCUUGUUGAUAGACUGCCACGCGCCUUCACCUGCGAGCGCGCUGGACCUUACCGUGUGUUUUCUGCGGUCUCGUAUACUUGAUAGCUCUGGAAAUAGGGUACAGCAACACUCGACAAUGUACCGUCACCUUUCCAGACAUCAGCCUGCAGAGUUUUCAGUUCAGGCUGAAGUCGUGGGAUGGGUCCAGCAGUGUGCCAGUUCUCCAAGCGUCGGUCCGUGUGAUAGUUCGUCUGCCUGCGACUACGCGGGUUUAACGAAUAUCAAGAGGCACAUGUGGUGCACAUGCGUCAGAAUGAUUCGCGUCUUUGCACCGUUCUGGCUUGUCAAUCGCCAGCCUGAGGCUCUUGCUGUAUCUUACUGUCGCCGCCCAAUUCAGUAUAUGCCUUCCUCAGACUGGAGAUUCUUGGGAGUGCCUUUACAAGGUAGAGCAUAUAUUGCACUUGGAAUUGCUCCCGAUGACGAGGCAGCCCAUCUUCUUUUGCAAAAGGACUCCACAAAACCGGUUCUGGCUGAAGAUAUAAGAGCUGCACGUUCGCGGAGAGGCCCGAGUGUUAAGCUAAGUCCAGCAUUUCGCGUUGACAUUGUCGGACGUCCUACAACAGUUUCUGUCCAAAUGCAGACUUCAAGGGGAGCUAAGGGGAAGCAAUCACGUCACUUUGGAGUCAUUGUGUCUUUAGCACCCCCGCCCUUCUCCCGCUCUAGAAUUAUCAGCAUCCACAGCCGCUUCAUACUCAAAAAUUGCCUUCCAUUCGAUAUAUGGGUAAGGGAGACCAACGGGAGUGCUUCCCCGCUCCGUCUCGUACCAGGGUGCCAGUGCGCAUUCCAUCCUCAGGUUUUAGGACCCCGGGGUGAAGCCCUCAUAUGCAUCACCAAAACAGACCCUGCAGCCAUUGAGACUCUUGCCAAAACAGAGGCACCUGCAACCACCCAGCAGGCGAAUUCGUAUCCUGAUGGAGUUGCAAAGGCUCAGUCGAUAGACAGGAUUGUAUGGUCUUCUCAGCUGUCGGUAGCCCGCAGCGCCUCCUUCCAAAUUCGUUUGAAGACCCCCGUAGAACGUUUACUCUGCCCUCCGAGUGGCACGGAUCAGUACGCACCUCGAGGUGUACUUGGAACGGGAGGCAGGGCCUUAUCGUGGGAACACCAUAACAUUCAUAUUGCUAUUCGGUCCCUAGAAAAUGCUGCAUUUGCGGUGGUAUUCAGUGAGCCCUUAACAUCUGAAUACCUGCUGGUUAACAAUACUAACCACAUAAUUGCUUUUGCUCAGAGUGGCAUUCGAACUAAACAUGUUUGGGAGAUCCUUGACAGGGGUAGCCAAGUUGGCUACGCUUGGACGGACCCACAGCGUGAAAAGAAGUCCCUUCGGUUUUCUUUCUGGGACAAGAACCAGAAAGUGGUGAAAGCAUGUGACAUAGCCCGGGUUCGAGUCCACCGCCCACUUAGCUUGCCAAAUUCAAAAGAAAAAAUUUACUUCGUUACGGAAGUCCGCGGCAGCAGGAGGCGGGUAACCAUUACACUCGAUGCGCCUUCUGCCUCACUGAAGAACGCUCUCGGAGCACGCAAAGUUUGGAAGAGCCUGCACCACGACAUUUUCAAGAUACGCCGAAAGAGGGUGCAGCAACAACUAAAAAGGGAAACCAAGGCAUUUCUUCUAGCCCGUUCUCAUUCAGAGGCUGAUGCCUGGCGAUCAUUCCGUGACGGUAGAAAGGUGACUAUUCCCAGUGAAGAGCGACAGCUUUUGUCAGUGUGUCGGGAGCGAAGGACGUGGGAAUCAGAUGAAACGGCACAAAGUGCCCCAUGCAGUUUAGCAACUGGUCCCAGAGAUCCGUUGUCGCAGCGUAGAAUCCUGAGAUUCCAGAAGAGGGAGACACUGAAGUUGGCAAGCAAGCUGCGAAGUAGCAGGCCUGCUUGCAGUGGAGAGAGCUUCUCCGGAUCUGCAGUGUUUGCUGAAGAUACAGUAGCCCAUGCAGAGCCACAUGUGUCUAGCGGGUCUGCUGACUCCCAGAGCACAGGAGUGACGGAGACAAUCAGGCGAAACCGGAUGACUGCUCUCCUGAACCGCCGCAGGACGACUUACGUUUCCGGUUCGCGGAAUUUCCGUAGUGGUUUCAAACGGAGGGGGAACAGACAGAGCUGCGACUUGUCGCAGCGGACUCAGAUGUCGUCGACAUCCAGCGAUAUCGAGCAAGUUGAAGACUUAUGCACAGAAACUCCGUUUCAGGCUGUAGGUUUCUAUGGGGGGAUACUAAUUCAAGGAUUUGGUAUAUCAUUGGUAGACCCCACACCUCAUGAACUCGCAUUUUUUUGCGUCUCGGGAAUUCGUUUUGAGGUGGGCAGACUGCACAAAGCAACCGUAUACGACACUCGCUUCUCCAUAAAAUCCCUUCAGAUAGACAAUGGCGUUCCCGGUGCUCAACAUCGAACGAUUCUGAGACAUGCAACACUUGAAGAAAGAGUGGAGCGGCAUGGAGGAAGUAAGGUAGUCCUUUCAGGAGAUGGGGCCACUGCGGGAGCCUCCUCUGAAGGCCUGCUAUAUUCCGUUACUAAGCCGUUGGCAGCGUGGGACCCACUGGAGGAGAACCACGAGGAGCAGCAAGACCUCUUUUUCCGCUUUGAGCUAGGUGGCCAGUGGACGGAGGAGGCGACGCUGCUAGAUUAUGUUGAUGUCGAGCUUACACCAAUAGCAUUGCAUGUAGAGGCGGAUACUACGUCUGUGCUCCUUCGUUUUCUUAUGCAGCUGGUACAAAACCGGACCUUCUUCCUCAUGUCACUGCAGGAGAGCAACAUACUGUUGGUGCAAGACGCAGCAGCCAAUAAAGUUAGCACUGCUGGGUACCACCAGCUCCGGGCCUUUCCGCAAGCAACACUACCAGUGGCAGGCACCUUAAAGCCUCUGUAUAUCCAUGAACUUGCGAUAAGACCUAUGCUGAUAAUAUUUUCAACUAGGUCUCAACGCCUGCAGAGGGGACAUGCAUCCGCAGGACACGGAAAUAUCUUAGCUAUACGUCAGUUUGAAGUUCUUGGAGAUCGAAUGACUGAUAUAACGAAUUUUCCGAUGAAGUCCAGGCUCCUGGCUCAGCAGUGUGUUUUCACAAAUGCAGAGCAGCUAGUGACUGAUAUUGGAUAUUCUUAUAUUCAGCAAUGCAUCUGGCAGCUCCACAAACUGGUGGCGUCGAUAGACGUCAUCGGAAAUCCUCUUCGCUUGAUCACGGGAGUGUCUUCCAGCUUGCGGCUCAUCACCACUCAUCGCUCUGGCGAGGCUUCCAAUGCUGAGCCAAGAAGCUGGAGGGCCAUUCAUUGUAUUUCAACGUUGGUGCUGAACUUCGCUAGCGAGUUUUUCACCUCUGUUAGCAACAUUGCUGCAGGACUUGUUAAGCUGUUGAAUUUAUUGGGCCUCACAGACGUACAAUGCAUUUUAUCCGUUUGGCCUGAGUCCAUUCGGGUGUCCCGAGCACGGAUCGAAAGGCCAGAAACACUUCUGGAAGGCGUUUCAGCAGGUUGUAUUGGAUUUGUUCAGCUAAUUGGAGGCUCCGUACUUGCGCUCCGGCAAAUUUACGACCAGGGUGUACUAGAAUCAGGCAUUUGGCGCCUAUUUGCAGGCACUGCACAGCGAAUAGCAUUCGUUUUAGCUUCUCCGGCUGUUGCCAUAUUGGUGUUCAUCGCAGCUGUUGCUGCAGGCCUCAGCAGCGCUCUGCGGCACAAAUCUGUCGUCGAGAAAACCAGACCACGCCGUGUGUUUCCACCAGAAAUGACCGUGUCACCGUACAUUCUUCAUACAGCACGUGCCAUGGCUUUACUGGAGGCAAGCACGCAAAAAAGCCUUGUGCCAGGAAUGUUACAAACUGGAAUAAUGUCUUUCCCCUUGCCACAAGCUCGCCCGCCCCGCUCUCGCAGGCAGCACCACGGUGAAGAGAACAGGAAGAAUCAAAUCAAAGACUAUUUGCUCGUGACGUCCGAUUUUGUUGUGUGCCUACGCGACGGAAAGGCUCAGUGGGUUUGCCGCAAGGAGGACAUUCAGGAAUGCACUGUGACAAUGCCAGCAUAUAUAUUGGGCGCUAUACUUGCCCAACAGGAUUUGUUCGUGCGGAAUAGGGAGAGACAUGAUGCUGCUUAUGCUUAUGACGACAUAUCGCAUCGAUCAGAAGAGUACGAACGAGCUUCUUACGACCAAGGUAGCUUGUGCGUUGUGCACGUGAAAGUUGCCAAUCAGCUUAAGCUGCCGGAGGACGUUCUCAAUGACUUCUCUGCUGCGUACAAAGCGUAUCUAAGCCAUGCCACUGCCAAGCGCAGCGUCGUCCGGGCAUUAAGAGACAACUUCAAGGUUCACUUCGGCACCAACGACCCGUGCGCCACUCACACUCCUCAUCCAAGUCACGCAACCAUCCCACAGCAGCAAAAUAGGAUGGGUGGAAACGAGGCUAGCAAUGCCGUCACUCCGCUGCCUUCAUUCGUAGAAGCUAUGGCGCGCAAACUUUCAGAAUCAAGAAGCAUACUAUCCAAGGGCCAAAAGCAGCGUGACCAGAGCUGCGCCAGUGCAGAAACAGCUAACUGUGGUCAUAGAGAAGAAGGCUCGCAAACAUCCGCAAGCCAGCACAGGCCUUCGUUCCUGGGAAUGAUGCUCAAGUGUCAAGUCUGCUGGAGGCGCCGAAUCGCCGGAGGCAGAAGAAAUGUGCAACGUGAAAUGGAGGCAACUUCGUCAUGGGCCUGUGAUUGGCUCCGAUUCCUUCGUCGAAGAAAACCUUCCUCUGAGCCUCAAGAAGUCACAUUUACCGUUCGCACCCCCGAUAAAGACAUUGCCUUACACGUAUUUGAUGCUCUCUGCAGUACAACUGAAUGCUAUUUCGUGGCUAGGCGGAACGCAAGUAACAAUGACAACCUGGACUAG